AUGGAAGCAUGGAGGAAUACAGGGUACGUCCCGGACUCAGAUGAAGACGACGAAUUCGAGAGUCAAGGAACUACGAAUGCACAUGCCAAGGAUGAAGGGCUCCCUACAGUACACAAUGCUGAGUUACAAUCUCGAACGUCACGUGGAGAGGAAAAUGAUGCAGAGGAUGUCAAAACCGUGGUGGACGAAGCGGUCGAAUCUUCGCAGUCCAUAGGACUCAGAGACACGCAACAGAAAGUGGAGGAUGUCGAAGAUAAUGCAAGCUCAUCGGAGGAUGAGCUGCAGGUCACUGGAGCUCUGCCGAAAAAACCCACAUCGAGUUACACCUCCAAACCCCCAACUGAUCAAUCUGGCCUGGUAUUUGAUGACGACAGCAGUCUUUCCUCGCUUUCUCCUCCCCCUUCGAAGAUAAAUUCACCAGAAGGAACGCAACAAUUACCUCAAAUAGACGAUUUUCAUCAUACUCAGUCACAACGGUUUGUCGUAAGGGAUGAAAAGAAAUCUCCCGAAGAAGGCAGUGCAUCGCAAAAAUCCAUGGACUUGCUUCCACCAUCAGACAUCCCCGUCGAAGUCUUGCACGAUUUGAUACAACCUGCACGGCGAUCACUACGCCAGAGACAGCCUAUACAACUGCACCCGUAUCUCAUAGAAGAUGCCAAGUAUCGAGGCCAGUUUAAAAAUUCUGGAAUUAAGCCGAUCCGAAUACCCACGGCCGAACACGUUCCUGCAGAUCAUCAAAAAGAAAGCCAAGAAGGGAGUAUUCUGGAUGCGCCUGAAUCUCCUCCAAGCAGUCCUCCAAGCGAAUUUAUCUACUCCCCCUCAUCGCCCCCAGACCCUUACAGAUCACCUCGUUCCGAUAGAAGGCACAGGACUCCUAAGCAAAUAUCCCAUUCGACACUGGAACAAGACCAGUCACAAGCGCACAAGAGAAGGAAGCUAUUUCAUGCUAGCCAAGCGAAAGUCGAGAGACAAAAGCGUUCAAGCUUUCAGGUGGUUAUCAACCAGGCCAACUCCCCAUCUAGCAAUGAGUCUAUAAGACCUGUGGAUAUUCCUCCAUCACCACCUCGCUCAGGCAGCUUGCCUUCUGGGAUACUGCGACGAGAUGGCUUCCGCUUUCCUCCAGGAUUUACACCGCCACCGAACACGGCAAUUUCCAAAAGCACUCCCCUACUAUCGGCAGAUGCCAAUGACUCAGCGCUACAUGAUAAGAUGGAAAUUGAUGUGUCCAAUGAUGAGCCUAUUGAUGAACUCCCAACACUAGAUGAAGACAGCGACGAUGAGGGUAUACCGAAUGAAGAGAAUCUAAAAGUGAAACGACUGCAGCGUAGAAUUAAGGGUGUUCUCCCAGCUUCAUGGCUGCGUUUAGAUUUGAAAAAUCAAGGGGAAAGGGCUACCAAUUCGUCGUCGGAGAGACGACAAGUUGACUCUCAUGCCAUCCAUGCCGAGCCCACCAAAGGUGUAGCCCGAAAAGUUGUUCGAGCACAGGCUUCCACUAUUCAGUCACCAACAAUACAUCGGUGGGACAAAAUAUUAUCGGACUCAUCUGACUCGGAUAGCGAUGCUGCGGUACGAAAAGACGCACGCGAAGUAUCCGUCGAGUUCGUUGGACCUAGCAACCUUCACAAUGAGACAGUCGAUGACAUUCCUGAGGACAAUCGCAUUGAUGACAUGUUCCCACGAGUGCCUCGUUCGUUCUUUGGCCCAAAGAAAUCACGUUUAAGUCGGCCCAAAACAUCCAAGGCAAAUCACGAUAACCAUAACAAUCGCUCAUUGGUAAAGAACCCGUUGCGGCUGCAGACACAGAAUAGGAACGGGGUUUCACAUCCUAAAAUUCGUGUUUCCAGACCAAGAGCACCGAAAUUGGGUAUCCUCGAUGCCCCGGAUAUGGCUCAGCUACCCCGUAAAGAACAGCCUCAAUUUUUACGGAUUGCAGCCAGGCAAGUACGGUCCAGACGCGACCAAGGGAGGUCAAGUCCGAACAGAAAGUUCUUCAGAAUGACAACUCUCGAGGAGACAGAAGAUACAAAUAAGUUGCUGCGGGAUUGGAAGAAGGGCACUAUGAAGCAAAGGAAGCUUCCGAUGGUCAGGUCUUCUAAUCAUGUCCGUCAACCUCUUCGAAAUAUACAAGCAAACACACAAGCUAUCGGCGAAUCCGAGUAUUUAGCUACCUACUCCAAGGCCUCAGCCAAUCAAGCUAGGCCAGAACGCCUGAAAGAAAUAAGUUCGACAUCAGAGACUGAAACACUCGCACAAUCAGCCAGUUUUUCUGCUACCCAAGAGCAAGCUGUUCAAAAAUUCGCAAAAAGAUCAAGAGCUCGUAACAUGAAGGUCAUUUCGCGAUCACUAGCAAUUCAUUCUCUGAAGAGGAGCACUGCACGUCCCGUGGAAUCCGAGAAUGUUGGAUCUCAGGAAACUUCUUCUGCAGCCUUCUCAAUGCCUUUGGCUGAAUUGAACAAAGCGUAUCGUAAACGACCCAUUACCUUGGAUCGCUUCCUUUCAACUCGGAAACAUCCGUCUGAGAAAGUUCCCGUGCAUGUUCCUCUCGCUGAUCGUGAUCAAUCUAAAAUUAACCCGUCAGCAAGACCAAACCAAACACGACUAAAGUUUUCGAGAAAACGGCCACCUACUCGUAUUGAUAUGAGUGACCUUGAUGCAGUACCACACAUGGCCUCGUCAGAAUCACAGCAAUGUAUUUCCAUUGCCUCAGUUGACGAUACCCGCUGCACCUAUGACCUCCAGGGCUUUAGAAAUUACAAAGUCUUCUCAGUUGAUUUCGGAAUUGUACCUGUACAUGUAGGGACUUAUUUCCACAGUUCUACAUUUAUUGGUGAAGGCGUACUGUCGCGCUCAAUCAAUCUGAGCAUGCGGAAUCUGGACCAGGACGCGGGCUUUGCUAUAAUUGAAUCGGACGAGCAGAGAUAUCGUUGGGGGCCUUGGAACGAACAGGUAUCUUCAGAAAUUGGCACUGUCAUUGAUGCAAUCAUAAGAGAUACUGUGGCGUCGGGCUCAUCGGAUCAAUUACCUCUGGAUCCUGACCCUUUCCACAUAUUUACUUCUGUCAUAAAAUAUAUCAACGACAAACUCCACUUUUUCGACCCUGUCGAUCGAAUAUCCUUCAUAGAGCGCAUUGAACUUCUUGUUUGCAAGAUCAGAGACCACGUUUCUACGUUCAACCACACGAGAGACACUGAAUUGAAGCGUUGCUUGAAACUAGCCAGCCUCAACACAAUCUUGGCUGGUCAGAUUCAGCAAAUUGCAUCACAUGAAUUGGUUAACAUAUCCAGGCAGGAACUAACACUGAAUCUAGUCAAGGAUAUUUCUCGUCAGCUUCUGCUCAUAAUUUUUAGCCAUCCUGGCCUGCAGAAUAUCUAUCAAUUCUAUGAAAAUAAUAGAAGGAUCGAGUUUCGUGAAGCUGGUAUUCGCGACGGUUUCCCUGCUGUUGAAGCUUAUGUCAUAGCUUUCCAGCUCUUACGUUCCUCUCACCAUUUCAAAGACCUGUUGGAAGAAACACUUUUCUUAUCAUCCGGCGACAAAGCAUCGACUAUGAGCAUCCAACAUUUGGAGGAUUCGUGGAAAGCGAUUUUCACUACUAUUCCACUCAAUGAGAUUGAUGAGUUCGGUCAUACUCGUCCAGGUCUUCGAUUCCGUGCCAAACAAGACAACUGGUCAACUAUCCGAUCGUUGGUGCUGAUGGUCUUGGAUGCAUAUAGUCUCGAUCCGGAGCGGCCUGCACAUUACAUCAACUACUGCCGUGCUGUGUUUCAAAGGUGCUUCCUCCUAAUGGUGGCAUGGGGAUGGCGCGAUUGCAAAGCAAUCUUACAUACUUUGUUUAGCUUUUAUGCCAAAAAUAUGCUGUAUAAUCUCAAAACUGAGGAGACUUUCAGCUCUCCGUCGUUUCUUGAUAUGCUGGAUAGCAAUCCUCUUAUCGAAAUCGAAGCUGGUGACUCUUGCUUCCAUCUUUUCCUCAAGAUCCUUGGUAGCGGUCUUCGAUAUCUCUCCCAGGUUCACGACAAAAAGGCAAUGAAAAACAUCGCAUGGCGCUUUCUCCCGAAUCACGGGCGAAUCUACCCCAAAGAGAAAGCUCUCGACCGCGAAGACCUCAAUGCCCUCAGAAACCAUCAUGAUCUUCUCUGCACCCUUUAUUGGGCUGUUCCAGAUGGGUGUAGACCUAGACUUCAGAUUAUCCGCAACCUAGUUGACCCUGCAACGUCUCAUUUGGAGACGUGCAACUUGAGCAUUCGCUCGUGGAGGAGACUUGUGCACUUCAAGUUGUCAACGAAUGAAGAAGAUCUUGGCCUGAAACCCUUUGCUGAGUGGUAUGAAUAUUUUACGUCAGAACUGGUUCGACAACAUUUACUUGCAAAGACUGAGGUCGAAGAGCAGGCAAAAGGUCAAAUUAGAUUUUCGACGCAGGUACUAGAAUCGACAAUAUCGCACAACCAACGUCAAAUUGAGGCAAUCCUAUCCUCGACUGUGGCCGCAAUGAAAUCGGCCAUCCAGUCAACGCGGUCCCUCGAACAAGCUUGCUUGCUCUUAGAGGGCGUCCCUUUUGCCAAACUACUUGGGCUUUUCGGUCCAACAAACUCGAGAGUCAACCCUAUUAUCAACCAGGCGCUUCAAAUCGUUAUAGAUUUUGUCUCAAAAGAAUCUCCGGCCGUUGUUGCUGUGGUUCCCGCUAUAAACGAAGACAGCCAAGAGUACGGUGAUUGGUCUGCCAUUGAAGAAGUGUACGAUGAGAUUUCAGAAGCUGCGGCACCUAGCACAGCAAUUCAAUACCUACACGAUACGGUUCAGCCGAUUGUCUCUGAGCUUCUUUCAAAUUGUUUUGGCCAGGAAAAAUCCCCAGAAGACUCCCUGCUUCUUAAAGUGACAGAAUGCUGGUCUUGCAUGGCACAGUCUUUUGUCAAAAAUGGUCUACAUCACUGGAACAGCUAUCUCAAUUCUUUCAGUAAACACUCUUGGACUGCCCUGCGAACGACACCUCAGACCAAGAAGUUUGCCCCCCAGUUCCUUGCUAGCUGCAUAGAAAAGGACAAACGAUUUUUCGUAGACUGCAGACUACAAAUACUUGAAAUCUGGUCAUCAUGUCUUGUUGAGAGGACCUCGAUGCUCAAAUUUCAACACCGCCUAACGGAAGUGCUUCUGAAUGAACAGGAGGGGUUGUUGCUGUUUAAGAACCUCCCGUUCUAUCGACGGGAGGACAACAGAUACCACAUCACGCUUUCUGAAUUUACAGACAGACGUGUUUCCCUGAUCUCCAGCCUUCUGUCAAACAUGCGUGAACACUUGGAAGAGCUCGAGGGCAGUGGCUUUAGCGCUAGGUUGUCCGAUGCGCGUGAUGAAUAUAGGGAACUGGUCAUGGCCUUGAUGUCAUCUAUGAAGGCAAAUUAUCAAGAACUAAACCAGUCAGGAAAAGUCGCGCAAGGGCAGUACGUUGAGUUCGUACAUCGUAUAGUCAGUUUCAUGCAGGAGCAUAGCCAAGCAAUAUGCCCUCUUGAUAAAUACUUCACAGACCCAACCUGUUUCCCACCCCCGAAACGCGACCCAGAGUAUAUUGUGGCAAGGCUAAAAGGCUACGGAGUUCGGCUUCCUUCAAGGAAGGCUGCUAAGGCGUUGGUGACAUUUUUGCAGAGCGUUUGCGAAGUGGCGGCUUUGGAUGACAAGCAGGAUGAUCUUGUCGAUCAACUCUGCGCAUGCAUGGAUGAUACAUAUGAUGAUACAUAUGAGUCGGGCGACGUAAACAAGCCGACACUGCGCUUCUUCCUAUUUCAGUGUGUUUUUCCAGCAUAUAUUGAAUACUCGCUGAAUCAUGCUGCUGCUUGGAUUCUUGUGGUACCAAUCGCGAAGGCAGUCUCUAGAGCAGCUCAAAAGCUGCUUUAUGACAUCGACAUAAAUGACCAUGACUGCAUCACGUCAACCAGCAGCAUAUUCGGUGUUAUAAUUGAGUCCAUCCAAAAGGGUUUCCGCAGAGUUUUUGAUUACUCGUAUUAUGUUCAAGAGUCUUCUGCGCUACUUGUUCUUCACUGCUUUGUCCAAAUGAUGGAUUCAAUGCUCCAGGUUCUUGAUUACAUCAACAGAAAUGGGUUUUAUGAUGCUCAUAACAUGUCUAUGUUGAAAACAUUACGCGGAUAUACGGUCUCCGCAAGAAGGGUACUGGUUGGGUCAUCCACCAUAGUAGAUCCACACACAGAUGAGCCACCACCCUCUGAAACCCCGGUGCGCCAUUGCGAUGUGCCCUCGCUUUUUACAGAAACUCGUGCAUUUGCAGCCCGUGAACUCCAAACGUGCCUUGCUACCAACUGGUCAAAGCACGAAGGUAGAUAUUAUAUCCGUCGAGGAAAGGAAGGCAAAGAGGUCAGAAGCCAUAUUGUCAAAUUGAGAGAAAUUGUUGAUCCAGAGGAAGCAAAGGCGACAUUUGUUGAUGCAGCAAAUAAGUUCUUAAGUCGCUUAGAGCUAUUUAAUGAUUUUGACGAAAGUGAUCUCCAACUUCGUCCAUUCUUAACCGAAACGAUCACAACGUACGACGUACAUGAGAAAGACAUUGAUGACUUUAUAAUCUAA